GUCCUGGUUCCGUUUGCUUUGAGCUCCUGUGGCCUGGCCAUCAACUCACCAUGUUCCUGGCGCGCCUGACUUCACAGCUGGUCAGGGCUGGUCCCUGGGCAGGUUUCAGUCGUUCCUGGCUUGGCGCUGGGGUGAUCGGCAGUCAUGCUUCCCGACCCCUUUACUGUUUGCAGCCUGCAAGCCUAAGUCGGGCGGCCUCCCUUCCUGGUAAGGGGACCCAGCUGGAGCUUGACGAGUUCCUGGUUCCCAGGAAGAUGUACAUCAGUCCUCUAGAGAGCUGGCUGACUGCUCGAUACCUAUUGCCCAGACUGAAUGUUGGGGUCCCAACGACUGUGGUUCCCUCCCAGUUCUACGAGUGUCCACCCAGCCAGGAGAAGGAAGCCAAACAGGAAGUCAGGGAUGCCUGGGAUGCCACUGUGGUGCAGUGCAAAAAUGUGCUAAAGAUCCAAAGAAGGAAGAUGAACCACCACAAAUACCACAAACUGAUUGAGAGGACACAAUUUCAGCAGCGUAAAGUCCGGGAAGGACAUCUGAAAAGGAAGCAGAUAAGUUUGAGAACGAUCUGAAACGCAUCUGGCUGA